GGGAUGAAUCAACCGGUGAUUCAGACCUCUAUCGCGAUGAAAUACCGGUGAGUGAUUUGGUCUACAACUUUGACUGGUCGAAAACCCCUUUGGGGCCAAUGACUAGUUGGGCUCCUUCUCUAAAGUCAACCGUG